GGGCGGGGCGCCUGACUCCUAGCCUUCCAUACAUGGGACCGCGGACAGGGGAGAGCGCGGGGGAGGGAGAGGGAGGGGACGCAGGGAGAGAGAGACAGUCGGAGCAGAAAGAGGAGAGAGACCAGAGAGAGGGGGCUGUUGCGCCUCUGCGUCUGGGGAUACCUUGCAGUCUGUCCGCCUGCUGGACCGAUGAUGUCACCAGAGAUCCUCUCCCCUGGUUGGCUGCAGAGGCUGCUGGCUGCCGCACUGAUGCAAAUGGCAUUGUGGGCCGGCAACGUCCUCUCUUCAGCCGAUCGUCCGGCCACGUGCUUGGAGCGUGGCCCCGCCUCCUACAUUCUGGUGUUCACGGGACAGUGGAGCCCCCAGACCUUUCCAAAACAGUACCCACUGUACCGCCCUCCCGCGCAGUGGUCCAAGCUGAUAGGGCAGCAUGCCUCUGGGAUACUGCUCUCCCCCGACACCGGAUUCUGGUGGGAGAGGAAGAUGAAGGAGCGGCAUUCGGCGCCACCUGCAAUUGUGGCUCGUGUCAAGACUCCAGUUCAGCCGCGCCCAGACGGUCCUCAGCCCAGGAUGGUGCCCGGACCUCCCGGGCCUGAAGGCUCUCUGCUGCCCUUCACCCUGGGGGUGAGCAGUGGGGUCUCCUGCUUCCUUCUGCCCUGUGCAGCCCUCCAGGCGGCUCGGUUACGGGCGGGCAGCGAAUCCCCUGCUCUCCCUCUCUCUUCCCCCCAUACCUCUCUCUGCCCUCUCUCUCUCUGUCCACAGCUCUCUCUGUUAGUGAAGAUCAUUCCCAGCCCCGACUGGUUUGUGGGGGUCGACAGUCUUGACCUGUGUGAGGGGGGCCAGUGGAAACAGGAUGUGACCCUUAACCUUUACCCUUACGAUGCGGGGUCAGACAGUGGCUUCACCUUCUCCUCCCCCAACUUCCCCACUGACCCGCCAGAGAACAUCACGCGGAUCACCUCUCAGAACCCCAGCCAUCCCGCCAAUUCCUUCUACUACCCCCGGCUAGCAGAGCUCCCCCCGCUGGCCGCGAUCAGGCUGCUCCGCCAGAGCCGAGCCCCAUCCCGCCACACGCCGCUGUCCAACCACAUCCCCCCCCAGCCGGACACCCCGCACUUCUCAGAGACGCCCCUGGACUGCGAGGUGUCCCUGUGGUCAUCCUGGGGGCUGUGCCUGGGCCCCUGCGGCGGCGGGGUGCGGCACCGGACCCGCUACAUCCUGCUGAAGCCGGCGAACAGCGGCUCGCCCUGCCCCGAGCUGGAGGAGCAGAGCGCCUGCACCCCGGACAACUGCCUCUGAGGCCGCCGGGCCCCCUGCUCCCCUCCUCCGGCCAGUACUGGGUGUACAGCAUGUGCACUAUAACACGCCGCACACACGCAGAGAACCACUAGCACGCAAGCAGCCCGUUUCUCCGAGCCCUCCGCCUCACAGGUCACAGCAGGGCAGCCCCCCAGACCCCCAGCCCCCCCCCAACUUCACCCCCAUUCUGCAAGCAACGGUUCUGACACGACCAGCUGCACGCCGUGGAAACUACAGAGAGGAGCAUUUAGCACUGAGAACAGGAAGGCACCUCUUUACACAGAGGGUGGCGGGAGUGUGGAACAAGCUGCCCGGCCACGUUGUUGAAACCGAUACCCUGGCCUCCUUCAAGAAAACCGCUGGAUCCCCAGAUUACUUGGCUACUAACGUGCAAACGGGCCGGAUGGGCUGAAUGGUCUCUUUGAAUUGAUGCACUAAAAGAGCGGUCUCCUGGCGCUCAACUCCGACCAGCAGCGGGGUCCAGAGCGCUGUUGCCGUGACGCCUGCCCCCCUCAACCAGCAGCCACGUGAGGGGGGUGCAGUCGCGCAUUCCUUCCUCCUUCAGAGCCGGACGCACCAGCGCUUCCUGCGGGCUCCACCGGGGGGCGCUCUACCAAGAAAAAAUCUGAACUUUUGUUUCUCUGCCGAAACAUGAAAAAGACUUGAGAUUUACUAAAAAAAAACAACCCCAACCAGCCGUCUGGUGUAUAUACGGUAUGCUGUACUUUAACCUGUGUAACUGAUGAAUAAAUAUUGAGUGUUGUUUUCUCUA